UCUAUAUGUGACACGGCACCAGAGUUAAGUUAGGGUUUUUCAAAAUGCUGACACACCGAGCUCAAAAGGUUCGCCAUCACUGCCCUAGAGAAUGGAAACAGUGCACUUGGUUGGCCAAUCCCUGCCCCGAGGACGGACUGCCACCUUGGUUGUGCCAGUGUGGGUAGGAAGAUGCUCAGUGUCAGAUGCGUUCCUGCAUGGGCUACACUGGAUCUCCCUCCUUACUUCCCCAAAUGGACCCACCUUGUUCAUUCACGUCUGGUGUCAGGGAGGGAUUGGGCACAGGGUACCUUUCCUCUGUGCCCCCUGCUGCACUCUGGCCCUGGGUCAUGCCCCUGCCGCCUGGAGAUAGGGUCCUCUCUGAUUGGGCCCUUCCCCUCAGGGACCUCUCCCCUUCUGAUACUGGCCUGGGACCUGGCCUGUCAGCUGCAGCUGCUCCUCUGAGCCCUGACUGGCAGAUGCCACAGCUGGGGAGAGGGGCCACCCUCUUUGGGUCCUUAUUUUCCACUUCUUCUGAACAGAAUACACCAUCGGCCAAACAUUAGUUUCUGGUAGAUCUACCACCCUUGCCUGCCUCUGCCUCCUCUCCUCUCCUCAGCCCUGCUCAGAGCAGCCUUCCCCGUGCCCACAGACUCUGAGGCUGUGCCCGUGGUACCCAUCCUGAGCUGCUUCACUCAGCAAAUCCAUGCUCACCAUGGGGAGGCACGUGGAGCUUGGGCUAGUGUGUGGAAGUGGCACCAGGACUCAGAACCCCCGCGGCUUCCUUCUGCACAAACGUGGGGUAAGUACCUGAGGCAGAAGGCCGGUUUUCUGUCGUGGACACGGGGCAAGAGACAGGGUGGAGAUCUAGGGUAGGAUCCUGGCUCCAUCGCCAACUGUGGAGUGCCCUUGGGCAAGGCCUGCCCCUAUGAGCCCAGGGUCCUCCUCCCCCUCGGAAAUUGGGGAGACCCUAUUUCCUCUAACAGUACCUGGCAUCUGGGGCCUGACUUGGAGGACACGGGGCAUUGGGCCCGGAAGCUCCCAGCCCGGGACUUGAGUCACUUUGGCCCUAGCCAACUGGGUGUGGGGAGUCUGGGGCUUCUCGUCCUCCGCCCCCAGCCCAGGGCUGCGCGUGGACUCGCCCUGUGGGGCAGUUGGAUCUCCCCCAGGCCCUUCGUGCUGAUAUGGAGUCAGGCAGACCCGGAGUGCUUUGCAGGUGUAGGCGCCCAGGACUGUGAAGCGUGCCUGCAGGGAAGGGCUGUAGGGAGAGGCAGGGGGCGCCCACGUGCCCCAGGAGGCGCUGGGGGAAGGCCUCGCCACGGGCGACGUGGUCUCGGAAGACCCCGCUGCCCUCCUCACUGCCCCAACCCCGCAGGCUCCGCACGCAGCAGGCGGAGGUGGAGCUCGGCUCGCGCGUUGCCUGCCGGGCGUUGUGGUGCCCGGAGCUGGGCCGGCGUCCGGUUUCGGAGGCUAUUGGGUGCGGCCGCGGUGCGCGCCGUCCCUCCCUUUGCACACGCCCCUGCGCCUCUCAACGACGCGUCGCGGUGGGCUCUGUCCCGAUGCGCAUCAGCGAUUGGUGGAGGGAGCGCGGCUGCCCGCGGAUUGGCCAGUGCGGCGGGGGCGGGCCAGCGCACGCACUUAAGGGGAGGCGCCGCGGCGCGGGGGGUAGUAACAAGAUGUCGGCUGCGGUGCCAGAGCUGAAGCAGAUCAGCCGGGUGGAGGCGAUGCGCUUGGGGCCGGGCUGGAGCCACUCUUGCCACGCCAUGCUGUACGCCGCCAACCCCGGGCAGCUUUUCGGCCGCAUCCCCAUGCGCUUCUCGGUGCUGAUGCAGAUGCGCUUCGACGGGCUGCUGGGCUUCCCCGGGGGCUUCGUGGACCGGCGCUUCUGGUCAUUGGAGGACGGACUGAACCGGGUGCUGGGCCUGGGCCUGGGCUGCCUGCGCCUCACGGAGGCCGACUACCUGAGCUCGCACCUGACCGAGGGCCCGCACCGCGUCGUGGCGCACCUGUACGCGCGGCAGCUGACGCUGGAGCAGCUGCACGCCGUGGAGAUCAGCGCGGUUCAUUCGCGCGACCACGGCCUGGAGGUGGGGCCGCCGCCCGGGCCCCGCCCCCCACCCCGGGGUUUGGCUCUGGCCCUGCGGAAGGCACCGAUGGGUGCUGGGACUGGUGCGGGUCCCGCUGUACACCCAGAAGGACCGAGUUGGUGGCUUUCCCAACUUCCUGAGCAAUGCCUUCAUCAGCACGGCUAAGUACCAGCUCCUCUUCGCCCUCAAGGUGCUCAACAUGAUGCCCGAGGAAAAGCUGGCUGAAAGCUGUGGCUGCAGCCACUGAGAAGCAGAAGAAGGCCCUGGAGAAGCUGCUCCCAUCUUCUUCCUGAGGUUGCUCCUGUACUGCGUCUUUGCCCUCCCCUGGCUGGUGUCCAGGGCUGAGGGCCCUGAAGUCCUGUGGGAGUGUCUUCUAGCGUGUUUCUGUGUGUGUAACCCUUUCUGACUGCAUGGGGCCAGUGGGCGUCUUAUCAUCUCUGCUGCCUCAAGCAGUCACAGGGCCAGGUGGGACCUUCUCAGGUUGGUCAGUGGGUGGCCUGGGGGUGGCGGGCCUGGCUGUCCAGGCUCAGGACAUUCUUAUCCACCUUGAGGCUCAAACCCACCUGAGAGUCUCAUGGGCUGGUGGAGGCGCAGGCACUGCCUGAUUUUCCAAGUGGGUGGUUGCACAGACACUUAGACCAAUGAGAACUUGGUUCUCAAGGUGGAUGCCUUUGUCUCAGUUGACUCAUUCCUGCAUCCUGCCCUCUGUGCCAGCCUCAGGGCCUAGAGGACAGCCAGUUUGGGUAGGAUGUUGUGCUGUUAAUUUUAGCUGUUAGCUUUACUGGCUUAAGAUUUCCUUUUCUGUGUUGUAUGAACUAUGGGUGAGGCUUCACUUGACCCCACUGGUGCUUGGUCCCCAAGGGCAGUCAGGGUCAUGGGCCCAGCUAAUAGAUGAAGUUGUUGAAGGGACAGUAAAGUGGUUCCUCUGCUGCUCUAUUCUUUGGUCCUGACUGCAGGCUCAAGGCAGGGCACAGGAGGUUGUCCCCUUCCUUCUCUCACUACCUAAGACUUAAGGUCAGGGCCAAGUCUAAGAGCAUUGGCACCAUUCAGAGUUACGCUGUCACAGACCUCGUCUGAGGUGGGGUUGCUGUCCACCUCCCUGUUCACCUGUGGUACUACCAGCCACGGACCUCUCUGGGCUGUCGGCUUGGUCUGGGCUUCUGUGCUGAGACCGUCCAGAGAGGCCCCUUUUGUGAUCCUGGUGACUGUACCGCUAGGCUGAGCCUGCUGCUCUUUCCUGUGCUUUGAAAGCCUCCUUUUCUCCAUUCCCAGUAUGGUCUACAGGCAGCUCCCAGAGAUGGUCUGGAAAUACCCGUCAAGUGUGCAGAAUGACAACAGCAGAGCCACCACAGGCAGGAAGGUCACCACUGGCAGUCUCCUAUGGCCCCAAGUCUGGCUAAACUCAGUGAAGCUACUGGAAAGUCUCCACAGUGCCUACCCAGCCUAAGAAAAGCGGUGCUCCCUGCCCAGCCUGGGCACCUGUUCCACCUUAGAGCCUUGAUGAAGCAGCCACACUGGGCGAAGGCACUCCACUCUGUAAAUAAAAUACCUGUACUUUG